CUCACGACAGCGGCCAUGCCGCCAGGUUGCAUCCCCAUAGCAACUGCUUCCCGCUCGGCCCUCCCAGUGCCCUCAAGAGAAAUGGACGCCCAGGGAGAGGCGGCUUCGAUCACGUGCAAACCAAAUAUCGCGAGGGCGUUCGAUUCUCCUCGCGGUUCCCGAUCUUUUCGGUUCCCGGGCUGCGCGGUGGGAGAGGUCUCGCGAUACGUGUCUUGGAGAGAGGCGCAUCUCGCGGGAUCCACGAGAGUUCCGGGGGAAAGGCGGGUACCUCGGGGGCGGCGACGCGGGGAUAAGAUGGCGGACGAAGCGGAUAGCAACGGGGACGCUUCAGCCUUACCGGUGGGGAAGGAGGCAGUGGAUCGUAUGAUCAAAGAGAACAGCCACAUCUUCACAGAUGCCCAUUGUAAAGUGUGUAGUGCAGUGCUCAUCUCCGAGUCACAGAAGCUCGCUCAUUAUCAGAGUAAGAAACAUGCCAACAAAGUUCGUCGAUACAUGGCUAUCCAUGGUGAAGAGGAGGUCUGCUCAAGCAAGAAAAUAAAGCUGGAUACAAAGCAGGAGGGCAGCAGUGAAGAAGACAGGAACAAAUGCUGCCCCAUCUGUAAUAUGACCUUUUCGUCGCCUGUUGUGGCUAACUCCCAUUACCUAGGCAAGACCCAUGCCAAGAAUCUGAAGCUGAAGCAGCAACCUCCUAAAGCAGAAGGUACAGAGGAAUUGUCUCCUGGUGCUGUGCUGAAAAGUCCAGGAGCUGUACCUGCUCAGAAACAACCAGCUAAUCCGCCUCCCACUACUGUGCCCUCUAAUGAAGAGAACCAAAACACUUCUGACCCAGACAAAUUCUGCAGUCUCUGUCAUGCCACAUUCAACAAUCCCCUGAUGGCAAAACAACACUACGUGGGCAAGAAACACAAAAAGCAGGAGACCAAACUUAAGCUAAUGGCACACUAUGGGAGAAGCCCCGAUGAACCUGUGGCUUCAACAGCUGGGAAGGGAUAUCCAUGUGAAAGCUGUAACAUAGUACUGAACUCCAUAGAGCAGUACCAAGCUCACAUCAGCGGCUUCAAACACAAGAACCAUAUACCAGGAGGAAUACCUGUUACAGCACGGUACCAGAAGCAGCUGUACACACGAGAGGAGACAACGGGCCCUGAUGGCUACAGCUAUUUUAGCCAAGACCUCUAGAGAGGAAGCUCCUGCACUCUUUUUGGAUUGCCGGUGGCCCAAAAGUGAACAUCGCUUCUCAACCCACUACGGUUUUAUUGUUCCUCUGGCUGAAUGAAACCCUCCUAUCCUGCAGUGUACAAGUUUAGCUGAUUCAGAACUAAUUAUUGGCUAAAGGAUCUAGAAGGGACAGAUAUACUAGUUGGCAUUUGCAAAGACCUUUAGAAUAGUUUUCAUUGUGUAAUCUCUUGCUGUAACGGCUGAUGGGUGAGGUGGGAAGGAGUAGGAGUUGUGUCUGGCACAAGUAAGACUUGGCACCUACCAGUGUUCUAUCUCGAGCCCAUCCUUUCCCUCUGCCCGGAAGAAGCAGGCGGGAGUUCUACACCCACUACCAGCCAGAGAAGAGCAACUUUUGGAAGAAAGUUCAUAAUUCUUGGUUAUGGGGUGCUUGUUAAAUGUGAGAUGUGGAAUGGGCAUAAUGGACAGACUGAUGAUCUCCUCCUUGCCUAGAAAUGGGGUGUUGCAUCGCUGUGUUUGUCGUGCCCCUUUCUGAAUUAACUGGGUUUGUGUGCAGAGUUUCUUAGGUCACCAAUAUGCCAUUUGCAUCCUUUUUGUAGUUCUGCAGAUGUUGGUUCUGGAACAUCUGGUAAUCUGUUUAAUAAAAAGCUGUUUCUGUUAGUAGUAUGCAUAAUCUGCUUCAGAAAAGCAAGCAGAAGGAGUGCCUCCAGAAAACUGCACUUCUCCCUCGGUUCCUGGCAUACUUGUGGAAACUUGUGCUUUUGAGCCUCACUAUGUACAGCUUUCUGUUGUGUUAAAUGUUCAUCAGAAAUGUUUUUUUGGUAUGAUGGAAGGUUUGAAAAAAUGUCCUUUUUCAGAACCUUAAAGCUUUUUAAUUAAUUUGUACAAAGGUUUAGCAAGGGUGAAAGAAGAAGCAGCUAUGGUCUGACUUUGAGGCAAUUCUAAGCUGAAAAAUAGUGCUUUGCAUAGCAUUGUGGGCCUUCCACUUGUGAACUUUGCAAGUCCAAGAACUAGUUUCCAUCCAUGUGAAACCAUUUCUCAGAGACAAGACAUUCUUUCCGAUUGCUUCCUGAGACUCGGAAAACAACAUAGGUAGCAGCUGGGAAUGCUGCUUGAGGCAAACUGACUAUGCUUUGUUUGGACAGAGGUAAAAUUAGUUUGCGUUUUGGUCAUUUCCUUUUCCCUUGUAUGGAUAUAAGAUGGUAAGCUUGAAGUCUCCUAACAUCUGAGUUUGUUUCAAGUCUGCCAGAUGGCCUGUUUCCAAAACAAUCAGUUGAAAUGCUAAUCUUAUUUGUAAGAAAAAACCACUCACAUAAGCAUAAAGGCAAGAGAUGUGAGAUACUCCUCUCUUGCCUAGCCCAUCGUUAAACUGCUUUUCUACUCGUGUUCAAAACAGGAUGUGGCUCUUUUUUCCUUAGUGCUUCUCCCUUCCUACCUAAUUGCUUCAGUGUUAUUGAUCAAAAUGGACAUUCAUUAAAAUUGGACAGCUUGUACUCUUGAGUCUUGACUGACUACAGCUUUGGAGUCGUCCCUGCUUAUAAGUUUGUUUAGCCCAUGAGUCCCCAUAAUUAGCAGCAAAACAGUAUUCUAUGUAGACGGUUCAAUUCUGUGUCUCAUAGGGCCUCUCAUUCUUCAUUACAUUCCUGACCUCAUCUUCUGGGUGGCAGUUAUUUUUGGAACCUAGGUAUGGGAGAUGGACUAUCCUGUCCUCUACCUUAUCUGGUGGCUUUCAUUGUGAUUUUGCUCCCCUUUCCAUUCUGACUACAGGAGUGGGGCAGGGUAUUGACUGGAGACACACUCUUUCUCUCUUUUCUGAUAGCCUCUGUGCCUCCAUCUGCUGUAUUGCUCCGAUAGAAAUGAGUGAAUAUUGCUACCAGUAUUUACACUUAACAUGCAACUCCUCUUGGAUAUGUCUGUGUACUCAGUCUGUACCACCCUAGAACACUUAAGAGAGUCUUCGUCUGUGCUUUCCCAGCAGUAUUGUUAGUCAGGGUAAGGUUCACGUCAGACCACACCAGCGGUGCAUUUUCUUGCAUUCCCUCUUAUCUUCCCUACAAUGAUGAUUCAUUACCGCAUUCCAAGUAAGCAGUCUUUCUUACAAUAAAAAGCUUAUCUUUCUCUUUUCACCAAUGACAGGUUUUUGUGUAUGAGAUAUUCUCUACAUGUAGAACACAGGACAAGCAUAGAUGAUUAAUAUAUAUAUAUAUAUAUAUAUAUAUAUAUAUAUAUAUUGCCACUAUGUACUGGGGUGGAGUGAUGAGGCUAGGUGUCCUGGAUAUACAUCUCCCAUUUCCAACAGACUGAGCCGUGUUUGCCCUGUAAGUCCCUAAAAUUGCUUUAUUUCUUUAUUUAGCCUCAAUCAAACACAAUGACUAAGGGGGAGAUAUUGAAGUAAUCUUGUGCAUAAGGCUCUGCUCUUACAACAUGUGGUGAAAAGCUCUAUCUGCAUACAUGCACAUGCUACACAGCUUUUCUGUAAAUAAAUUGAUGGGACAAAUAAUGUAUCUUCUGACUUAAACAGUAGCUAUGUGUGCCUAACCCUUUAUUUUAAACUUCAUAUUUUUCCUGCAUUUGACUUUUCUGUUUUGGCGUUCUCCAGUGUCUUGUGCUGUACUUGGAUUUUAGUCUUUGACCUGCCCAAUGAACUUUCGCAGCCUAGAGUAGAGAUUUGAGCAAGAUGAUUGCCUCCAUGAAGAUCUAACCUUAUAAUUUGAUUUCUGUUGUAUAUUGCAUUCUGUUACAGUUGCUAAGAACAGAUAUUUUUGGCAAGUCCAAAGCUGAGUAAGUACUCUGUUACAUCAUUAACAUGAUGACUAUGCUGGCUCAGCCUGAUAUGGAAGCGUCAUGAUAAAUUCAUGAAUUUC